AUGAGCCUUGAGUUUGUAUUAGACAGGCUCCUGCCACGUCUAGUUGGCCUACCGUCCAGCCAGUCGGAGCCCUCCAACACGCCUUCCAAUAUCCUCGUCGAUGAACCUGUUCCUUUGAAAGAAUGUUUGCCUCAACAGUCUCGUAUUCCAUAUUCGCGUCAAUUCGGCAUCUCUCCCGAUCAUCCGGAGCCUUCUUGUACCGAAUGCCGCCCAGUUACCACUCGGGAGCAACUGUCCCUUUCGUCUUGUUCCUUUCCUCUUCCGCUCAGUAUCACCUCAACCCAACUUGGUUUUCAACACCAUCUUACGAGACCUUUGAUAAGAGCUUUGUCUCUUCUAGGACCCCGGCUUCCUAAUAUCUUAUUCAAUAGUAGCCGACCUCUUGGCGUCGGGAUUCUCCCUCCUAGCUUCUCUUCUAUCAGCUCUACGAAGACAUUAGACACUACUUCAUGUGCGGCUGGCAUCAACUCGACUAAUCUCCCCAACGGUUGUAUCGGUGAUCGCAUCACUCCUAAAAUUGUCGGCAGUGUAUGCAACUCAUUGGACGUUGGAUUUUCCUCACCACAUACUCUCAGUCGAUUCGAGCCUGGUUCAGGUACUCGCUAUAAGCCGCGCCGUCGUCGAGCUCAACAACCCAGGUCCAAUAUGGCUUCUAGCCCCAGCGAAGCCAAUGCCACUCCGAAUGUUGCUGCAAUCGCGUUUGGAGAUAGAAUACCGAUUAAUUACUCUUCACAAGUGCCGUCUGCCGAUCCAACAUCCUUCAGCUCUAAAAAAGAAGUCCUAACGCUCCAAAGCAAACUUUGGGCCCUAGAUGAGCGAAGAGCCAGCUAUCUGUCACAGGUACACUUUAAUGAUAGUCUAUUCUUACCCGUCUUUUAG